GCCCCAGCCCCGGAGCCGACGAUGGGCGCCGCCGCGUGGGCAUCGCCGCCCCUGCCACCGCGUGUGUCUCUCCCGCUGCUGCUGCUGUUGCUGCUGCUGCUGCUGCUGCCGCCGCCGCUCCCGGGGCUGCCCGCGGGCUCCUGGGACCCGGCCGGCUACCUGCUCUACUGCCCAUGCAUGGGGCGCUUCGGGAACCAGGCUGAUCACUUCUUGGGCUCCCUGGCAUUUGCAAAGCUGCUGAAUCGUACCCUGGCUGUGCCUCCUUGGAUUGAGUAUCAGCACCACAAGCCUCCAUUCACCAAUCUGCAUGUGCCCUACCAGAAGUACUUCAAGCUGGAGCCUCUCCAGGCCUACCACCGGGUCAUCAGCCUGGAAGACUUCAUGGAGAAGCUGGCCCCCACCCACUGGCCGCCCGAGAGGCGGGUGGCAUACUGCUUUGAGGUGGCAGCCCAGAGAAGCCCGGAUAAGAAAACAUGCCCCAUGAAGGAAGGAAACCCCUUUGGGCCGUUCUGGGAUCAGUUUCAAGUGAGCUUCAACCAGUCAGAGCUUUUUUCAGGCAUUUCCUUCAGCGCAUCCUACAAGGACCAAUGGAUCCAGAGAUUUCCUCCGAAGGAGCAUCCCGUGCUGGCCCUGCCCGGAGCCCCGGCCCAGUUCCCGGUGCUAGAAGAGCAUAGAGUCCUCCAGAAGUACAUGGUCUGGUCAGAUGAGAUGGUCAAGAUGGGGGAGGCCCACAUCCGUGCCCACCUCACGCGGCCCUACGUGGGCAUUCACCUGCGCAUUGGCUCUGACUGGAAGAACGCGUGUGCCAUGCUGAAGGACGGCAGCGCAGGCUCCCACUUCAUGGCGUCGCCCCAGUGCGUGGGCUACCACCGCAGCACGGCCGCCCCGCUCACCCCGACCAUGUGCCUCCCGGACCUGAAGGAGAUCAGGCGGGCGCUGCAGCUCUGGGUGGAGGCCGUCGGCGCCCAGUCGGUCUACGUCGCCACGGACUCCGAGAGCUACGUGCCCGAGAUCCAGCAACUCUUCAAGGGGAAGGUGAAGGUGGUGGCCCUGAAGCCUGAGGUGGCUCAAAUCGACCUGUACAUCCUCGGCCGAGCUGACCACUUUAUCGGCAACUGCGUCUCCUCCUUCACUGCCUUCGUGAAGCGGGAGCGGGACCUCCAGGGCAGGCCGUCCUCUUUCUUCGGCAUGGACAGCCCCCCGCAGCUGCGGGAUGAGUUCUGACCAGGUCUGACCUGGCCCCUCUGGCCAGGCCUCCCGGGACUGAUCCACAAGGGAGCACACGCCCCCCCACUGCCUGUCAGCCCUGGAGAAAAGUCACCAGGGACUUCCUGGAGGAGGAAGACCAGCCGUCUCCCAGGACACAGAUGUCCACACUCAGGCAGCCCACGCACACGUCUCC